AUGCUAUCCACUACCGUCUUUUCCAUCCCGCUGGAGUUGCUUUGUGACGUCUUUGGCCUGCUCGCCGAGGAAGCACGGGAGAAGUGGAUCAAGCACCUCAAGCUGAAGGAGGUCACUUCGCUCGUCUCGUGGUCGGCAUACGAAAGCCAUGCCCCAGGCGAGACCUCGAGGUCAGGUUACAUGCGCUGGAGAAUGGACUACGUGCCCCCACCGCCGCUGCCGUACGCCUGGAUGCGAAUUACUCACGUAUGCCGCGCAUGGCGCAUCGCGGCGCUCAGCGAUCCGCGUCUCUGGACUCACAUUGCCAUCGUCCGGAGGGAGGCCGUCGAGACUAUGGUCUAUCGCACGGCGGGCCUUCCCCUGACUGUUUCCUUCCGUACUGGCUCUAAUGAAGAGAGAGCGGAGACUUUCCGGCAGCUGCUGCAUACUCACCCUCGCCAGAUCGGCACCCUCGUCAUGCCCUUCAUCGCAAAGUACCUUACAGCGUCACUAGCCGUGUCUAUGCCGUGUCUUCGGACGCUGCUAUUCGUUGAGUUCAUGCCUUCAGAUCAGACCAUUUGCCCCGCCGAAGCAUCUUCCAUGUUUACGGCGCUAGAGCGUUUGGAGAGCGUCGCCGCACUUCGCUUCCCCAUUACGUGUCUGUGCACGAGCGCACUCAAGAGUCUCGUGCUCGUACACGGGUUUCCUGGGGCGCGGUUCGAGAGCCAGUACCUCCCGACUAUCGAGAAACUUACUCACUCUUUGGCACGCUCACCCCACUUGGAAUAUCUCGAGGUCAUACUCAGCAACACCAUGCCUCAUCCGCAGGCCGCCGUCGCCCUUCCGAGGUUACGCACUCUACGACUCACUGCCUUGACGAAGGUAUGCGCGGCAGCGCUACGCUCGUUCCGCAUCCCGCAAACAGCGAAGCUCGUCCUGAAAUGCCUCUCCCCGCUCGAUUUCCCGAUCGAGCGAGACUGGUCCGUUAUUUCUGCUGCUGUCUCUCAGAUCGUCACGACCCCACCAAACGUUAGAUCGUUGCAGUUUGCGCCCGUUGUUUGCAUAGACGCCGCCAUCUUUCCAUCGAUGUAUAAGCUGAGGGGUUGGAGAACAGCGCGGAGCCUCCUAGGUUCUGAGGAGGCCGACCGCAUACCAGCCGACGUUGAGUUAACCAUCGACGUACCGUCACAUGUGGAGGAUAUCGUUGAGGUCCUUGCCCCUCUCACUCUGCCAGACGUACAGAUCUAUCGCCAAGGAUUCUUGUUUACUCACGACGUUGGCCGGGCCUCAUUUGACUUCGCCUACGCGCUGUGCACGAUGCCACAGCUACGCCACCUUACAAUCAACUGUGCUCAAGCUGCCCUUCAGUGCGAGCUGCUGCACGCUACGAGUGCACAAUCGGUUGCGCUAGUGGCGACGAACUUACAGGAUAAGAAUGAACUCAAGACAGAGGAAUGGAUGAAACAUUGCUUGUAUUACACUGGGACGUUCCAGGACGUAGUCGAUAUCUGUCGAAAGCGCGGCAGAGAUGGGAGACCACUGCGGGAGCUUGUGCUUUGCGAUGCCAACAGCGUCGCGCAUGAUGGUGUAGCAGAACUUGAGGAAGUAGUGCAAUAUGUGGUGUGCACAAGCUGUAGCUAUUAGGAACGCGUA